AUAAAAAUAAGGAUAAUAUAAGUUAGUUUAGGUGGAUAACUAGUGAUUUUUAAUUUUUAAAUACUACUCACUGCAAACCCUAUCCUAGUCGCUAUUGAAUUAUUACAAUUACAUGAUUUACAAGCUAAAUUACAAGCUGCUGCGGAGAAGCAAGAAACAACUGCUGAAGAAACCCAUGAAAUAGGAGCACCAAGGAAACUAAAAGCAAGCCCCAUUAUUUUGCUAGAUAAUCAAGCAAUAUAAUUUUUUAGAAUAUGGACUACUACAACUUUACCGAUCCUCUUGCAUUAAUUCUUCAAGAGUAUGAAGAUACUAAUGAAGAAAAAGUAGAAUCAACAGAAGGGCAAGUUGAAAAUAAAGUUCAAGUCGAAGAACCAAAGGACCAAAUAUUUUCAGAAGUAUCGUCUGCUGCUUUAUCAGAUUCUUUAAGAAAAACUACAAACAAUAAUUUACCCGAAAAACAUUCCAAUUCAACCAAAUGUCAAAAUUGUAACGUCAACGCUUGGAAAUACAAAUGCCCAAAGUGCAAUUUUCACUCAUGUUCAUUGAAAUGUUGUAAAUCACAUAAGGAAAAGUAUUCAUGUGAAGGUAUAAGAUCGAAAGUGAAAUAUGUUCCACUUGAACAAUAUGGAUAUGAAAAUUUAAUGAGCGACUAUGUCUUUCUUGAAGACAUAUCGCGCACAAUUGACUCUGCUCAUCGUUAUAUGAGCGAUAAAAAACAGAUGUAUGAAGAGCGUAGAAGAAAAUACUUCCCAUACCCUAAAAAGCGCAAAUUUAAUAAAUAUAAAAAAAGACAUUAAACAACGGGCAAAUUGGUAUAUUAUUAUAUUAUUGGAUCUUGCAAGUUGUAACUGAUUAUUUGAACACAAUGUUUAUGAAUAGAUUAAUUAUUAUUGAAUACAUUCCUUUAAAAAAUACA